CGACUGCACUUGCCGAAGAACCCUCCCAGUUUCCGAUUCGCAUUUCCCUGAUGUCUUCCUCUUCGGCGCCUUCAGGUAGAUCAUUGGAACAUGGCGAAAAGAAAGGUCUGACGCACGUCAGUGCGAGCAUAUCCUUCAUCCUGAUGUUUGUCUUUGUGGGCUUGCCAGUGUGGUGGAAAACGACCACGGUGUACAGGGUGAACCUGCCAUACGAUGAAAUUGAGACACUCAGCACGAAGACGGCUGUGCAUCGUAUAAAGGUAGAAGUGGUGUCAUGUGACGCUAGUGCUCCAGUUCGCGAAGGAUUUAUCGAGCACCUUAAGGAGGCCAGCAGACAAGAUGCAGCAAACAUACCUGAAGUUAGCUUCGUGUAUGAAUGGACCAUGCGAGAAGCCCAUAAGAAUGAAACAACACUUUUUACGAAGCAGCUCUCUGAUGUCGAUGAAGUACUCCACAAGACGGACCUGUUCAGGUCUCAGAACCGGCUCUAUGUUGUUAUAGUUCCAGAAGGAAGCACUGAUGAGUCGGUCACUAUUGGACUGCACCAGAUCAUAUAUGUAAAGGCAAAUAAGGAUGUUGGUGCCCUGUGCAACAACAUUGUCGGUGCUGUGAAGCAAUAUGCCAUCAGGGAGAGCAUGCUGAAGAGAUUGCACACUUCACACAAGGUUACGGAACGAGCAAAGCUUGACAAGGAACGCAUGAGACCCUUGAGCGCAGCCACAGAGUUUGACGUUACCUUCACACUUGUUGUUCCUGAGCCUCAGACGCUGGACGUCUCGUGGCGAAUCGAGGACGCAGUUGAAGUGUAUUUGAAGCCAUUUCUGGACAAGAUCUCACUGGUUGCCAAGGUGCACGUAAGAAGUCAGGUGCUGUUUCUCACUCCACUGAAAUUGAGGCGACGCUUCAACCAGAGCAUCAAUGCAUACACAGCGACUGCAGACCAGCUUUCGCUGAUCAUAAACCCAAUUGAAGGAAGCACUGGAUUUCAAGCGUCAAUUCAUCCUGUCCUCAACUUCGUGGUCUACGUGGUGCCACAAACUCAUUAUCCGCUGUACAUAUACGACGACCGAGGCAACCAGUUGGAAACCAAUUCGUUUCUAUCCCCCAAGUGGGGUGGGGUUCUGUUCUACAACGUCGCCAAGUUGCCGGGUCCCGGCGACGUUCUGCCUCAGCCCGUGGAGAUUGACAUGCGCUCGGUAUUUCAAGUGUUCCUGGCCCAGCUCAGUCUUCUUGUUGGCCUGCCUGAUAAAAGCUACGAUCGCGCAGUGCAUUACUUGGAGAGCCCUGUGCCUUCAUAUUUGGAUGUCGCAUUCCUUCUUAGGCGCAGGACACAGGACUACUUGUCCACUUCGAGCUCUUCUCUGAAAUCGCUCUCAGAGUUGCUCAGCAAGAUCUCCAAUAUCGUAGUCAAGGACGAAAUCGGGGAACUUAUUUACUCAUCUGUAUCAUAUGCAAAGAAAAGCUUCGAUCUCUUGAACAAAGGAGACUUGGAGAAUGCCUUCCGAAACGCCGAGGCUGCAUUUUUGGCCUCUGAGAAAGCCUUCUUCGAUCCCUCGUUGCUGGCACUUCUAUACUUUCCAGACGAUCAAAAAUAUGCCAUCUACAUUCCUCUGUUUCUGCCCAUAAGCCUACCAGUUGUGAUGUCCAUACGCGGCCUUUGGACUUAUUACAGGAACAGAAAAAUAUCGAAGACAGAGAAGCAAGACUAAAUGGUUUUAGUUCAAGACCUCAUAGAUUAAGUUAUUUCGACGCAACUGUACAAUAUGUUAAAUAUAUGCUCAA